AUGUUCACUUCAAGGGAUUUUCUGCCCGAAUUGAAAAAACGAAAGUGGAAGCGCUCGAGUGACGCGAAUGGUGAAUCCCACAAGUUCUACCACCAUCUUCACUUCUGCUGCAACGAGCAAGGCUUUAGCAGACGUAGCCCAAACAAUCCCAAGAGGCCUGAAAGACUCUAUGAGUCCCAAAUGGAGGCAAUUCCCAUUCCGGAGAGGCGGCGCAACGAACUAAGAUUGGGAUGUGAAGCACAUGUGAAAUUCAGUUGGGAUUAUGACCUCAAUGUAUUCUAUAUUUGUGAAUUUGAUGGCCACCACAACCGUGAUCUCCAUGCCAAGGAUCACAGGCACCUAUUGAUCACCAACCGAAAGAUUUCUGCUUCUCAAGCAAAUGUGAUCCAAGACUAUGCAGAUGCUGGAGUGAAGCUCAAAUCCUCAUACGAGGUUAUGGUCCGAAACUGGUGGAGGGCCCACAAAAGUUGGUUUCACAAGAGAUGA